GUUUUUAGUAUUUGUUACUAACUAACCAUCGUCACUGCUUCUUUAUCCUACCUUCGAGAUAUCCCAUCUGACCGUCUCCACCACUUACUUCCUACAUCCAUCUCUCGACCCUUUUCAAAGAGGCGCUCCACCGGCCAUCAUCCUAUUUUUUCAUCUGAUUUUCUUCUUCUCUCCCCGGCUUCACCUCCAAUUAGACCAAGCCCCGACUGUCGAUGUCGAUGUUUUGUUGCAUCUUCAUGAUACAUGCCUUCAAAUCUUCAAUCGGACUGUCGAUGUCAAUGUUUUGUUGCAUCUUCAGGAUACGUGCCUUCAAAUCUUCAAUCGAAUGGACUUUUCCGUCCGAUCACGUCGUCGAGAAGGAAAGAGACUUCAAACUUAUGAUUGAAGUCAACAACCUCAUUAAUUCCGACUCAUCAAUUUUUCUCCCCGUCUCCAUCUUCUCCGAUGAAAGAGGUUCACCAGGUGACAUUGGAGUCCACCCUUGCAUCAGAUUGACCCCUGAAAUCCUCACGCUUGAAAUCUUCGCCCAAAUCACCAAGACAAAAGCUUGA